AGCAACCUGAUCUACCUGUGGGUGUCCCUGUUCAUUGCAGGGGGGUUGGACCAGAUGGCCUUUAAAGUCCCUUCCAACUCAAAUGAUCCUUCAUACUCUGAAGGAAAAGCAGAAGACUGCUCCAGCUGACAUGUUCCCGGGUGGAUGCACCCCUCCAGCUGGGAGAAGUAUCCCAGAUUGCUGCACAUCACUUCUGCCCUAAUAAAACUCCCUUUGAGUGCUAGCCAGCACCAAGACAACACCAAGCUGCUGUUGUGCACUGUAACAGCAUGCAGGAUUGAUGGGGGUUAUCUCCUAAUCAAACACUACUUUGAUCGCAUGUGGGAAGAGGUGUGCAGCAGUUGUAGUGACUUAUCACAAGUGCCUUUUAUAGCUGGGCACAGGUCUGGGGGCUCGCUGCAGGCCACUUGAAUUCUUCUGUACAGAUGAUUACAGUGCUAAUGCAAGUUAUUAAGGAGAUGGCGAUAUUUCUGUCACAGCCAUCAAAGUCGAGGUAUUAAAUAAUACCCAACCCAUUAUGGCAUUGCUUGAGCCCCAUAAUGGUUAUGCUUUCAAAAGGUUUCUGUCUGCAGCUGAGUACGGGCCAGGUAAUUGGGAAAAAUAACUGCAAGGAGUAGGAGCUGUGUGGCUACAAAGUGACUGCUUUCGCCUGUGUGAAGCAGAGCUAUUGGCAUCCACAUGGAUCAAAUGCCCACAGAAGAUGAAGGACAAAAUGUUAUAAAAAUUGUGCUGAAAAAUAAGCUUGGAACAGCCACGUCAGCUCUUAGUGGGGUGAAUGAAUGCAGGCCCGCUGUACUGGCAAGACAAAUCCUGAAAUGUUGGGGAUUUUUAAGUAGGACUUGAGCGAAUAAAUGGUGUGUUAACUUUAGAGUCUUCUCUCAACUCAGUCAAGCGCUUCUGGUUUGAAAGGACUGUAGUGCCACAGCCUAUGCCUGCAUUGGAACACCCUGUACAAGCCUUUUCUCUCCCUAGCUGCUGUGCCAAGCCGCCUUCCUGUGUCAGAGCAGUGUAGUCCUCAGGCACACUGGUCUUUGGAGAAAGCAGCCGUGCUCAGGAGAACGACUACCCUGACAACAGGUAUCUGCCUGAGCAGCCAACUGCAGCCUUCCCCUGGGCACCCACCGAAGUAUUUCCCAGGGCUCAGAAGCACCAACUGCUGCUGGCAGUGUCCAGAUGACAGCAGCUCUGUGUUCCCUGCAAUGCGAAUUCCCCUGUGCUUGCUGGGCAGGGUAAUGUGAAUCCUUUCCAUGAGGAAGGGAUGACACAAAGUCUAUUUGUAACGCAGCUUGUGUCUGAGCUGCACUCACAAAAUGGCCGUGGCUGGCUUGAGAUCUGUUGUGCCCUUUGUGGCUCAGCUGUAUCCGUGUCAGCUCACACAAAGAAGCUUUCAGCUCUUGCAAGAGGCACAGAAAUGAGAUAACUGGGCUGGCGGUGUCAGCAGCACAACACAAAGCUAUUGCUGCUGUAAGGAAACUUUGGUCCCCGCCUAGGGCUGGGCAAAUUCACAGCACUCCUCUGCACUUCUCAGAUGAUAAAGAGUGUAGUUGGAUAUACUAGCUGUCGGCUUCUGGUGCUUGCUUGCAGGAAAGUAAUUGCUGGAGGUUCCCAGACCAAGGUGGGCUAAGCUCAGCCCUACAGAUGCGUGCCUUUGCUAUUGCUUGCUUCUAGCCCGUGCAUGUGGAAUAUAGCAGUACCAGAGGAGAAAAUUAUCCUGAUCUACUUCACCAAAUUAGAUGUAGAGUACCGUGUUGGAUGUGACUGUGACUAUGUGUCCCUCUACUCAAGCAGAAGAGUGCUGACCAGUAAGUCUGGAUGCUUUAGGGAAGUGAGGGGCUCGGUUUCUAGUUUUCUUCAUUCAUUGUCAUGAAGAACAGCAAAUCUAGUUGGCUUUGAGAAACUCUUUUUAUUAUGUGAUAUGAAUCUGACAAGCUGGAGUUGAUAUCCAAGUGGGGCUGAGGGACAUAGAAUCAUAGAAUCACCAGGGUUGGAAAAGACCUCCGAGAUGAUCCAGUAUCACCAGUAUCACUAUCACCAGUAUUUCCCCACUAGACCAAGCCCCUUAAUACAACAUCUAAACAUUUCUUGAACAUCUCCAGGGGUGGUGACUCAACUACCUCCCUGGGCAGUUCAUAUUUCUGUUGCCAUCUAGCGUGGUGUGGUGGCCUGAAGUGUCUCAACAGUGCCUUUCAGCUGUAUAUAAUUCUCUGUGCCCAGUGUUCCUUGUCUCUCUCAUACCUAUUUUAUUCCUGUGGACCAUGGACAGCAGAUUGAGCUGAGUGCUUAUCUUUGCUUAACUGGUGCAUGUCCAGGUGACUUUCUGAUGUGUUAGCAUUGCCAGCAGGCAUGUUGGAGAAGCAGCUCAGAAAGGAUGGCUAUUUAUUGGUUCCAAACUCUUUGCAUGGCCCAGGAAAUGUACAGAUCACUGAGUGACUGUAGAGGUGACACCAAAAGAAGCAGCCUCUUGCCCUUCUCUAAGAUGCUCUUAAUAUUGAACUGAUAGAGAAUAAAUAUUUCAAACAAAUACUGACUACUUCUCCCCUCUCGUUACUAGUGGCUAUGUGCUGUAAUAACCUAUCAUCCAUAGUCCACAAUUCAUCCUCUAGGAACACUCAGUCCUUCAUGUGGUUGUUUUCGACGAAGUCCCCUCUCCAGUUUUUCUCUACAGCCUCUAAAUAUUUUGUAAGUAGAGAAAGCUGAACAGUCUCUCCGUUCAGCGUGGGCUGACAGCUUCACAAAGGGAUCUAGCUUAACGAAUCACGGUGAGAUUUGCCUGAAUAAAUGCGUGCUCUGACCACCCAUGCCACCAAAUCCUUGUCUCCCUCAGGUAAGGUCUGUGGGGACAUGUUCCCAGCCCUCUGCUGGUAGUCAGUCCAGGCCACCAUGAUGUUUGUUUCUGAUGGGAACAAUGCUGGCAGGGGGUUCAAGCUUGCCUUCAUGGCCGUCCAUAAGGACUAUGAAGCAGGUGAACAUACUUACACUAUAGAAACUUCUACACUUUUCUUUCUGACCCCCUUAAAAUAAAUAACAAAAAAACCCUAUCUUUAGUGUUGUGUCUUUAUUAAAAAGCACUGUGUAAUACCAGUCAUUAAAUUGUCUCUGUUCUCUCUCUGUACUGUAGGUUUGGGCUGUGGGAGUGUUGCAAUACUGGUGGAAAAGGGAAAGACUGAUACUGCUAAUUACCCUGGCUUGUAUCCCAGGAACACGAAGUGCCACUGGCUCAUUGAGGCUCCAGCAGAGUAUGCUAUAAAGCUGGAGUUUGAGGACUUUGCUGUUGAACCUAGCCCAGGUUGCAUUUCCAGUUCAGUCGCUGCUUACAGUGAUGAAGAAGAUGAAAACCAGCUGGGGACAGGAGGAGAAGCCUCAGGAUUAGCUACUGCACUCAUGUUGCCUCUGAGUGUUGCUUCCUUCGGUAAAGACAUGACUUUCUGCUCACUUAUCUGGUCUGAGGGACAUUUCCCCCGGUGUGUAAGAGCGAUUUUGCAGCGAGACAGGUGCUUGCUGAUCUCAGGUCCUUUUGUGUACUAUUUCCAUGGACAACAAGUAAUAAGGAGACAUCUGUGGCCUUCCCCAAGGGGCAUUACUGGGGCUGAGUAGACCUUUCCUCACAGCUGGCCACAGCAUGCUGCUCUGAACCUCCUUGGAGACUACCAGUGUGAUGGUGUUGUCAUCAGCCUCACAUGGAUCCUGACAGCUGCCAUUAUCCAAUAAACCCUUGCUCUGUACUGUGACAGUGGGAGACCAUGAUAGAGCCCUGAGAGAGUCAACUGAACAGGUAUGUGUUCAGGAUGCACUUGCAGGGCAACUUGUCCUUUGCCCUGACCCCUCUGAUGUGGUCACAGGUGAGACAGGUUAAAACCGUAGUGCUGCAGCCCCAUUUGAGGUGGUGAGCUUUGACUCUGACAUUGCCCUGAUGCAGCUGGAUGUCCCUCUGGAGUACACCACUGCUGUGAGACCGCUGUUUCUGCCCAACAGCCCAGAGACAUUGUCUUCCUCUUUCCUCUGCACUGUGUCUGGAUGGAAGAUCGCUGAAGAAGAUGCUGCACAGAACAUGCCAUGGGGAAGCAGCACUGCACCAGGGGUCUUGGCACAAGAGCAGCCAGCGAAGCUGUCCACAAAUCUAUGGGAAGAGGCAUCCACACACAAUAACUGCGUGGCUGUGGGGUGUGUCUGAGGGCAAGAGGCCACUGCACAUCAUCUGCAGAAGGUGGUGAAGCUAAUCAAUCUGGGGAGCAGCUAUGUGUCAUGCCUGGUAACAUGUAAAAAUCCCAAGGAGACAUGCUGAGAGCUGUAAUGAUGCCAGGAUGCCAUCCGUACAGAUUGGGAAGGAAAGAUGGAGUAUCCUGGUGGCGGGUUGAGAUGCAGAAAUACCACGAGUGCCCAGGAAAUAAACUGAAGGCUGUUAAAGACUGUAACUAAGGAUGCAAGGAUCUGCAUUUGGGAUUGAGUGUUUAUGAUGGAUCACAUCUCUCUUUGAGGCAAGAGUCAAGUGUCAGCAGGCUUCCCAAGAAACAUAGAGAGAAGGUUUGUCAUCAAGGGCCUCUUAGGUGGAAGUGACCUGGACUCAGAACAUCCUGACUUCCACCAUCAUAAAUAUGUGGGAGGACACUUAUAUAAGUUCAUUUUUUCACACCCUUUGUUUCUUGCUACUCAUCUCUCUGUAUGAAAUGCAGUUUGAGCAGGUACUGCUAUGAGUACCAAAGCUGCCUUGUGCCAUAUACACAUGGGGAUCUUUGGGCACAGAAGUAUUUACUGCAAUGGCUUUUCUGGUUCUCCCACUGCCUCCAUCUGUUCUCCUCCCACAUACGUAGACAUUUAGAAAGCUGGUUGUUGAAGUAAUCUCACUGAAGUAUGAGAUACACAUUCAUAUACUGCAUGGGAGCAAUUUGGCCAUUGCAGUAUGCUUCGCUUCAUCCUGGGCAGGAAGCGAUGUUGCAUAGGCCACUGGAGACACACCUCUUGACAGACCUCAGAGCCAUCUUGGCAUCACUAGCAUCUUCAAAUAUCAAAUGUUUUGGAUUAAAAAUAUGUCACUGGAAAUAGUAAGCAUAGGUGCUGAGUGUCAAAUUGUACUUGGCAAUGACUACAACUACAGUAUUUUAUUUUCGGCAAACUGAUGUGGCCAGAAAAUAAUCUUUUACCAUGUUCUCUAGUAGCAGCUUCCUCACCCUUCAUUUCAAAACUGAUAAAUCUGUGGGAUAACGAGGCUUCAAAAUCCUUCUUGAAGAGCUAUAUCACCAGCCAACAGAAAGUGAGAUGGAAGGCAGCAGCCAAUCUAAGUAAUGAUCUGGGUCCUUCCCUGUCUGCUUUGCGAAGAAGUCCUGUUGUUAAAGUAGUAUCGAAGAUUACAGGCAGUUAUGGGAUGCUGGCAGGAAGGGGGGACGAAGCAGUGAGUCAAGAGGCAAGAAAAUCAGGGGGCUGACUGAGGUGCUCACCAUUUUGGGGUAUGUAUUAACCAUUUCUUGGAGCUGCUCUUGAACGACAGCAGAAAGGCACUGAAGCUUUCUAGGUGGCUCUCCUCUCCAUCUCCUCCAUCCAUCAGGAUGCCUCAGCGGGGUCAGGCCUACCUGCUUAACAGUGCUGCCUUGAGCUGCUGUCCCUGACUUUGCUUUGACCUCGUGGAUAGAGUGGAGAGAAACAGCACUGUGGCCAGGAGGAACGGAACGCUGAAACAGUGGAGGUACUGCUCACAAGCAGGUAGCCAGAUUAUGGGUGACGCACAGACGGGCCAGCUUUAUCAGGAAGGGCCUGUGAGAGCUGACCUGCACCCAUUCACCUCCAGAAGACUUGCUACAGAUACCCUCGGGGGCUCUGAUGAAAGACCAGACUGCAAGCAGGAGCUGGAGAUGGAAAACCAGGUGAAGCUGUCUUUUGGAAAGAGGCAGGGAAAGGGAGCUCCCUGUGUGAUGGCAGUGUGGGAGUGUGAGGAUGGUGGUGGCACCCCUAUCAGCAAGGUGGUCCUUGCUGGGGACAGGCCAGACCCGCCCGUGUGUGGGAAUGGCACCAUUUGGAUUCAGCAGGUGGGAGAGAAAACCUAUGAGUGUCCUGAGUGUGGGAAGAACUUCAGCCGGAGCUCGUAUCUCAGCCAGCACCAGAGAAUCCACCUGGCAGAGAAACCCUUCAGCUGCUCUGAAUGUGGGAAGAGUUUCACCCGCAACUCGGACCUGAUCAAACACCAGCGGAUCCACACUGGUGAGAAGCCCUAUCAGUGCAACGAGUGUGAGAAGACCUUCAGCCAGAGGUCCAACGUGAUCAGGCACCAGCGGACCCACACGGGAGAGAGACACUACCAGUGCACUGAGUGCGGGAAGAGCUUCAGCCAAAACUCGCAUCUCGUCGUCCAUCAGAGAAGCCACAAAGGUGAGAAACCAUUUCAUUGCCCCCGGUGCGAGAAAAGCUUCAGUGACCGCUCCUCCCUGAUCAUACACCGGAGGGUCCACACCGGAGAGAAGCCCCACAAGUGCCAGGUAUGUGGGAAGCGUUUCCGGGACAGCUCGGCCAUCAUUCGGCAUCAGAGGAUCCACACGGGAGAGAAACCUUACGAGUGCACCGAAUGUGGGAAAACUUUCCGCCAGAGCUCCUCGCUGGUGACCCACAUGCGGACGCAUACAGGCGAGAAACCCUACAAAUGCCCCGUGUGUGGGAAGAGCUUCAGCCAGAGCUCGGCACUCACCACGCAUCGCCGCAUCCAUGGAGGAACGGCGUUGCCCCUGUACCAUGGCAGCCUCUUGCCCAGCCCCUACCAGUGCGCUGAGUGCGGCAGGCGGUGCAGCGACCACCCCACUCUUGUCAAACACCAGAUGACGCACGUGGAGGAGCGGCCCUACAUCUGUGUGGAGUGUGGGGACAGCUUCCGUCGGAGCUCAGCACUCAAUGUCCACCUGAGGAUCCACCGUGGGGAGAGGCCCUACAAAUGCGAGGAAUGCGAGAAAACCUUCCGGCAUAGCUCAGCCCUUGGUGCACACUUGAGGAUCCAUGCAGGAUCCAAGCCCUACGAGUGUGGUGAGUGUGGGAAAAGCUUCCGUAAAAGCUCGACACUUAAAGUGCAUUUGAAAAUCCAUGUGUCCAAGAAACCUUAUAAAUGUACUGUAGGUAGAACUCUCUCUUCCUGCUCUCUUCUCCCAUAGGGCUGGUUGGAGCAGGAAACAAAAACAGAAUUUGAUUGUGUCUGAGGGCACAUGAAAAAUGUGGGUGCUGAGAACUACAGUGGCAAAAGGCUAAGGAGUCACCAUAGCAGCUCUAGUGUCAAGGUUGGGUGCUUAACACCAGUGGUAUGUUAAAUUAUGAGGUCAGGGAGCUCAUCUUGGGAGCCUCGUACUGGUGGUUUAGAAAGAGUACUGAGAGCUCAAGGGAGACCUAGUUCUGGGUAAUUUGGGGACUGUGAGUAUGUGGUAGAAUACAAGCAGAAGAACUGGGCUUUCAAAAGAACUUUUCAACUAAAUAAAAGAUCAAAUUAAAAAGUUCUAAGUUGGCUCUAGUUCAAAACUCUGGCUUGUUAGGCACUGUAGUAGACUUAGAAACUCAUAUUUUCCAUGAACAUGGUAGGUUGACCCAGUGUUUGAGCAGGCACUUCCAGUUGAGUCUGAAACUCAGGAGCUGAACCUCAACCUGUUUUGUUUUUCCUUGUUUUCCAAAUCCUACAUGGGACAAUGAAUUCCUACCUCCAUAUACAACAUCUGGCUGACAAAAUGGUUGAGUAAAGCAAAACUGAUGGGGCCGUUCCCAGAAGACGUGGAUGUGCAAAUAUGGCCAGAUGAAACACUGCCUGUAAGCAGUGUUUGGCAGCUUUGUCCUCCUUAGUUUUUAACACCUUCCUAUUAGGGACAUCAACAAAACGUGGGCAAAACAGUGGCCUUACCUUAUUUAACCAAAAAAAAAAGGGUUCCCCCUACACGUGUGUGUGAGUUGCACCCAGUAUAUCUGAUGGGUUCCUACUGGCAGUCCAGAGACUGUCUGCAAUUUUGUAGUCCUUUCUGUGAGAGAGAACUCUUUAGCUCCCUAUUGUUUGUGCUGUAAUAACGUGUAAAGCUUAGUGUUAAGAUAGGAAUUCCUGUAUUUACACGUAGUACUGUGGUAAUGACUGUAUGUUACAGAAACCUUCUCUAUAUUGCUAUGUUUUAUUAUGGAUGUGUUUCCAUCCUAAAUAAACCCUUUUUUUUCCUCUGUA